AUGGAUAACAACAAUACUAGUCUUCUUAAAGUAGCCCAGGUCGGCGGGUUGUUAAAUGAACGCAUUACCUCAAUGCUCCUCGUUCUCAACUGGUCUGUCAUAGGUGCGGUCAUCGCUGUCUUUGGCAUUGCUGCAAACAUCAUCAACAUCAUCGUCUUCAUCAAGAUGGGUGUCCGAGAAUCCGUGAACCUCUCCUUGAUGUGUCUCUCCCUGUCUGACCUCGGUAGUCUUGUCGUACUGGCCAUGAUUUCUCUGAUAUCCAACCCUUUGUUCACCUCACUAGAUCUGCCGUUUAUUUAUACAGACGUGAUCGCUCUCGCUGGCGGCUGGCCCUGGACGUGGUUUGUCAGGACGUCAGGCAUGAUCACCACUUUUGUGACAAUGGAGCGGUGUCUGUGCAUCAAAGCACCCCUACGUGUACGCACAAUAUUGACCCCGACUAGGACAGCCAUUUCCCUGGCUGCUAUAUUCCUUCUUUUGCUACUGUCCUUAUUCCCAGUUCUUGCCUACACCGACCUCGCUCCUAUCUUCGAUCCGCGGACAAACAAGACGCUGAUCGGAGUAGUUUUCAACGACAAAGAAGAUGCCAUGAAACCCUUCGUUAUGAUACCAGGAUUCAUUGUGACCGCAGGUUCUUUCCUCUGCGUCUGCGUCUUCUCAUUGGUCCUGAUUCACGCACUUAUUCAGCGCCGCCGGAAGUGGAAGAGUUCCAAAAAUAGCGGCACGUCACAAACGGGCGCCGCUCCAUCAACAGGAAAGACACAGACACAGAACAAGGAGAUUCAAGUUGCCAAAAUGAUCUUGCUGGUAGCUGCGGUGUUCCUGGUUUGUUUCGUGCCCCUGGGCUCCUUGUUUCUCACCAUGGAAUUAGUGCCGGGCUUCUACAUGGGGAAAACUUAUAACAACAUAUACCUGGUCUGUAUGGCCGUUAUCCAGAACUUGCAAGGUGUCAACAGUUCUAUAAACAUUGUGCUGUACCUCAACAUGAGUUCAAAGUUCAGACAAACCAUCAGGGCUAUGUUUCUUUCCCUGAAGCAGACGACAGAGCCCAAACUUGAUUAA